UCCUCCCGGGCCCGGCGUCGGGGAAGGAAGCAAGGAAGGAAGGCGCAGUCCAGAGCCGCCCCUUUGGGCUUCCCUUCCAAAGAGCAAGGCGAUGCUCCGCCUGGGAAGGGCAGCCGCUCCGCUGCGGGAGCUGCUGGGCCCCUGGAGCCUCCUCCCGGGGAGACCCGCGUCCGCAGGGAGGCCCAAGGAGGUCCUCCUGCGGGUCUGCAAAGAGGAAAACCGCGGUAUUGCAGAAAUCUUGAUGAACAGGCCACAUGCCAAAAAUUCACUGGGGAAAGUGUUUGUGGAAGAGCUGUUUGAAACCCUUGAUGUUCUCCAGUUCGAUGACAGUGUUCGCGUGGUAAUAAUUAGGAGCAAUGUCGCAGGCGUAUUUUGUGCAGGUGCUGACUUAAAAGAGCGUGCUUCAAUGACUGAUGUGGAAACAGACCUUUUCGUCCAUAAGCUCAGAAGCCUGAUGGAUGGCAUUGCUGCACUACCAAUGCCUACCAUUGCUGCGAUUGAAGGCUAUGCAUUGGGUGGCGGGUUGGAGCUGGCACUGGCUUGCGACCUUCGAGUGGCAGCAUCAUCAGCUAAAAUGGGCCUCAUUGAAACAACUAGAGGACUCUUUCCUGGUGCAGGUGGAACUCAGCGUCUGCCCCGCUGCAUUGGAAUAAGCCUGGCUAAAGAACUUAUUUUCACUGGUCGGCAGAUUGAUGGGCAGGAGGCACUCUCCAUAGGCCUCGUCAAUCAUUCAGUUCCACAGAAUGAUGAAGGGGACGCAGCUUACCAAAGAGCCCUGACUUUGGCCAAAGAGAUUGUUCCUCGGGCCCCAAUAGCAGUAAGAAUGGGUAAAGUGGCCAUAAACAAAGGAAUUGAGGUGGAUAUUGCCUCCGGGAUGGCUAUUGAACGGAUGUGCUAUGCACGGAAUAUUCCUACCAAAGACCGUCAAGAAGGGAUGGCUGCUUUCAUAGAGAAGAGAGAACCCAAAUUCAUUGGAAAGUGAUGCCGUCAAAUAUUUUCCAUGUUAGAAGACCUCAAAGAAGGCCGUGCCUUAAGAAAUACUUUUCUACGUAAAAUUUUGUAUUCAGGAAAUUUAAAGUUUCAUUUGUGUACAGCUUUGAAGUAUAAAAACUAGGCAAUAAUAAAGAUAUAGAGGACUUUGGAUAUCUUAUCUCAGUGUGAGAUAUCUGCCUGUUGUUGACCAAAUGUCCUAGAUAAAAAGAUUAAA